CACACUUACCAAAAAAAGUAAUUGCAAAGGCUGGCUAACGCGUGUAGGAUUGCUUCAUGAGCAGGAAAAAAAUUCCACUGGAUGGCCUCACAGACUCAGAAAUGGCUGCAACAAACACUACUUUUCUGUUCUAAAAUAUCUCCCUGCAGAGGAUAAUUUGAACUUUAAAGUCACAUGGUAAAAUCAUAGGUUUGCUAAACAUGCAACGUGUACGGUUUGAAUGAUGUAAACCCAGUUCCUGUUUCCCUUGCAGAACUGAAUGUUUUUGUAGUCAGCAAGCACCGGAGUUUUCGUCGCGAUUUGUGACAGCAAAAGAAGUUACUGUGAUAUACACACGCUGCUCUCUGCGUAAAUAGGAAGGGCUACAUCCUCCAAACAGUAAUUAUAAUUCAUCUGACCACUGACAGUGAAAGUCUCAGCUAAUUGCAUCUGUGGAGCAUUUUCCUGGAAAGUUUCUACCUCCCCCGGGCAGGAACAAGCAGGCUGUGCAGAAAGGAUGAGUGCUCACAACAUGACGUGGAUCAGCUACCCAAGCAAGAGCCUGGCUUCCACCUCCCUGGAAGAAAUCGAAGCAUUCAUAGCUUCACAAAACGUCAUAUCCAGACUUAUGCACUGUUACAUUGCCUUCUUUGUGCCAACAGGACUGAUAGCUGGCGUGUGCAUUUUGGUCAUUUUCAUAAAGAAUUACGUGCAGAACAAAGCCAUGGAACACUCAGACCCGCUUCUCCUACACUUCACCAUCAGCAACAUUAUGAUGAUUCUGCUGUCAUUCACAGUCAUCAACAGACCUGACUACAUAAGGGCGACCCACCUGGCCUGCAGCGUUCUGUCAUUUCUCUUCAACUUCAGUUAUUUCAGCUCUCAGCACUCUUUGAUGUUGCUGCUCCUCAUAUUGUUACUGAAGAGAUUUCCAUCAAGGACUGCUCUGAGCACAGUAACCCAGCGUCCCAUGCUGUGUGUUGGAUGCAUACUGCUAUGUGCCUUCUGCUUGGCACUGACACAGGCACUGCUGGUUGGCACAGAUAACUACCACUCGGAAACAGACUGCCAGCUAGAUCCAUUAUUUGCAUGGCCUGAAUACGAGAUCGUUAAAUUCACCUUUGGAUUUGUAAUCCCAUCAUUUCUUCAGGACAACACUGAAAUUACAGAAGAGCAUUGGAACUCCAAAGGACGAGCUCGUGAUGAAUAUUGCUGAAAUAGUACUGUUCUCUGAGAGCUGUGCCAGCCUGGUACUCAUACUCUGUUUGCACAAACCAUGCAAGGACAGAAUACUUCAAGUCAUACGGAGCUGCCGAAGGGCCCCCAGCACCACCAGCCACCCUGACAUCCCAGUAACGCCCACAAGCCCUGAAAUGAUGUCUCAGUAACACCUGCUCUUCUAAGAGCUCUCGAUCUACUUCUACGGUUUUUCUUCUUUGUAAAGGACAAUUGUUCUUUCUUUUGAUCCCAAACUUGGGCUAUCGCAUAGCUAGCAGGACUGAGAGAAACGUGUAUUUAGUCUGCUAUCUGCAGUGACCCAGCAUGUAGAAACACGUAGGACUUGGGGGUCUGUGCUUAAGUGUGUGUAAAUAUUUUUUUCAUCUCCUCCCUUUGCAUUUUACUUCAAAAGCGAGCAGAAAGUAUUGCAGCCAUAGAAGUAUGCUUCUGUAAUAGAACCAAUGCCUUAGUGAGGAUGGACACCAAAACAUAUCCCAAACCAACUUUGAGCUGAGGUAAAAAUCUGCAGCCAAAGCAUUUGCUCAGGUUUGCUUCCUCUUUGGAUUGGGAUUUCCUGCCCUACAAGCCACUCAUAUUUUUGUAACAUUGCUUAACUCCAGUAACAACAGCAGUGAAGUAGGGGUUAAGAGUCCAUUACAAUUCCAAAAUAGUGAUACUGCAAGUCUAUUUCACAGCUUGCUUGUACCACAUAUACACACAGAACGGGGUUUUCCCUUUUUUUUUUUCCUGU